AUGAGUGAUCCAACUCAGCAGAACGUCGAAUCAUACUACAACAAUGAGAACGCCAGUAAAGAGACUCCAACGAAUCGAAAACGAAAGGCGAGGAACGACGACGAUGAGGAUGUAAAACCUAAAAUUACUGCUUUCAAUGUAAGUUUUUUUUGUUGUGAAUAUGGAGUUCAAAAAUUAUUGAAAAAAGUUGAACGUAUUUAUAAAGAAAAAAUUUCAAAUUACCGAGAAAUUGGUUAUACAGAAAUUAUUUUGUACGUAGUAGACCGUGUCUAAUAAUUUACAUAAACUUUUUGAUUACAGCUUUUGAAUGACGUUGGAAACACAUCACAAUACUCGACAAACAGUUACAAUAAUCAGAAUUGGAGUAUGAAUAUGUCAGAUUUUGGUAACCCACCGUCCGCUGGCUACGAUCCAAGCUUUCUCUUUGUAAGUUUUUGUUUGAAUUUUGACAAAAUUAAUAAUAAUUUCCGACAGAAACUUUGAAAAAAGCAGAGCAUAGUAGACUAAUAAAAAAUUUUUUGUGUUAUGAUAAUUUUUAUUAUCAUACAUCAUUAUAUUAUUGUUAUCACAGUAUUCAAAUAUAAUGUUUUAGGCCUCUCAAAGUACUCCCAAAGGCGAUUAUAAACAUUACCAACAACAAAUGAUGCCACAGUUGAUGAACUACGACUACAACAUGGUCAACACAACUAAUAAUAGUAUUUCCAGUAGUUACAAUAGCAUGUUGUCAGCUUAUAAUGGCAUGUCGAGUUCAAGUAACAUGAUGUCUAGUACAUCUAGUAAUAACUUGUCUAGUUCGAGUAGUGUUAUGCCAGGUACAUCUAACAACAGUAGAGGAGAUUCUGGAUACAACACUUCGAAGAGCUCAAACAGCUCAAAUUCAAUUCAAAAUUUAUUAAAUCCACAAAAUCUUCAACAAUCUACAUCGAAUUCAGAAGACGACGCUGACAAACCUCAAGGAAUCGAAAUCAAACCUGGAGAUCAAUUGAUCAAGUUUGACGAAGCUGGUGGAAGAUUGGGAUUGUUGAAUUCGAAUCUGAAACAUAUGGUAACAGUAGCUGAGAUGAAAAGAAGAUUUCAAAAGCCGGAGGAAAUGAACUUGUCAUUUGCUGGAGGUUAUUUGAGAAAGUAAGUUUUUAAAUUAAAGAAAAGGGGGAGAUUUUUUUAAAUUUUUGGUUUUUGAAACUUAAAUUCCUUUUUUCGUUUGUCUAAUUAAUAUCUUUAUCUUACUUUUAUUUACAUUCAGAGCUAAAAACAAGGACGGAAGCAAGAUAUUCAAAAACCAGCUGGCUCAGUUUGGAAUGUAUAUUCCAGCCGGAAGGAGACGAGGAGCUGAUCCGACUGCCUUCACAUCUCUAACCGAAUCAGAAGCCAGCAUUUUGGUCGAAGACUUUCAUCAUCUAAACCAAAGUCACUUCCCUCAGCAGCCCUUCCAUGAACAAGUUUUGAUAGAGUUUAUGAGGCCGGAGAACUAUCAACAGUUGAUGUUAGCUUUGGCACAAUAUCCCAAUCCCCAAUUUGUGGCACAUCUAAUACAGCUAUGCUACAAGAUAUCGGCUGAUGUUUUAAUGAGGGAUCGAUCGGUAUAUGAACAUAGAGGAAUGAUGUGGCCUGCUGAAUGUCAAAGGCCUUUGGGACGACAACUUCAGAAUGGGUUAGAUAUUUAUAACAAAGUAAGUUUAUGUUAGUUUCGAAUUCGAACUUUGUUAUUCAGUUGAUCUGUAUUACGUUAUAUUACAUUAUUUAUAAAGUACAGAUUUUGGUAAUACAUAUUUAUUUUAGAUAACCCAUGAUUUCGGAUCCCGAGCGUGUGCCUCAAUGUUUUUAACGUUAGCGGGAGGUGAAAGCCGCGACAUUCAGUUUCGAAUUCCAAUGAGUUACGAAAAGUAA